UUAGCUUUGCAGUAUCUUAUUACAGACGAUGUCCGUCAAUAUUUUUUGACUAAUUUCAAGAGUUAUUCAAUUCUAAACAGAGACAUCACAGCAAGCGUAGGGACAGUAUGGCGCAGUACAAAGUGCCAGAUCCAGACAAAGAUGAAGUCUGCCCUUAUGACAAAUCACACGUGUUUCCAGCCAAAAGGAUGCAGUACCAUCUCAUGAAGUGCAGAAAGAACCAUAAGGGAAGUAGCUUUGCCACCUGCCCUUUCAAUGCUAGACAUGAAAUGCCUAAACCGGAGCUGCGCUUUCAUCUAGAAAUUUGUCCAGACAAGGCAGUGAUUGAACCAUUGCUGGCUUAUGAGAACAGUAAGAGAAAUGGAGAAGAGGGGUCCAUGUUUAGAGGCUGUACCGAUCUACCUGUGUAUGACGACGUCACAAUUAACAGUGAGGAAAACUGGGAUGAUGAGAUUCCUUCUGUGGCCAGGAUUGGGGUGGAUCCACAAUUUUUUGCGCGUCAGGACCACAUGAUUAUUCCAGGACUGACUAAAUCAGAGAAGAAAAAGUUUGCAAAACAAAUGUAUGUUCCUGCAGAAGAUAGAAGAUACUGGACACAUAACACGGAAACAGGACCGCCAUUAAAGGAUCAUGAGCAGUCCAAUCUGCGUCUCCCUAAAACAGCGGCCCAGACUUACGUAUCGAAUCAGGAGAAGUCGCUUCAGCAGCCAUUAGCAGUGUUUGCAUAUUCGCUAUCUAUGACGGGUAUAGGAAGAGGAAUACCAGAUAAUGGUAUGAGAAGAGAAGUGGAUAAAAGACUAGGUCGCGGCAGAGGGAGGGGCCGUGGCUCCACCCCUGCGGUGGGGAGGGGGACCACUAUUGCUGAAACAAAUGGAAGGAUGUCCCAGUCCCAUGAAAAUGGGUUAACUUUUGACAAGGGUGGUCAAUUUUCCGCUGUCCAGACAGGAACCCCAGCAGCUGUUAGAUCUGAGGGCCUGAAAAGCACCCCUGAGUUUAGUGUGGGGAUUGGGCGAGGAUACAGAGGAUCUGAUGGAACAACGUCAUCCCCAUUCUCCUCUGUAUUAGAUGCAAUGCCUCAACAAAACAAGAAUGCACAAGAAGACUUGGACAGUUUGAAGGAUUUGGACAAAAAGCUGAAGAGAAUUGAGAAGAAGCUGAGACAGAUUGAGCUGCUAGAAGAGAAGAUGGAGGAGGGGUAUACUCUGACAAAAGAGGAGGCUGCAAAAGUUGGCAUGAAGACAACUCUGAGAAAUGAGAGAGAAGAGCUGCAACGGAAGAACGUGUCAAGAAAAAUUUAAUAACUCUGUGCAAGACUGAAAAUGACUCCAAUCUAUUAUCAGAUAA